CGUAGGGAAGCCUGGCUGCCCUAGGGAGUUUGGGUGCCUUUGCGCGCCAUCAAGGAGAGGCUGCGGUGGGGUCAGGGCGCGGAUGCUGGAAGUUCACAUCCCCUCGGUGGGGCCCGAGGCCGAAGAGCCCAGGCAGAGUCCAGAGAAAGGCCACAUGGUGUUCCAAGUGGAGGUGCUGUACAGUGGACGCAGACACACCGUGCCGAGGCGCUACAGCGAGUUCCACGCUCUACACAAGCGGAUCAAGAAACGGUACAAAGUGCCUGACUUUCCCUCAAAACGCCUGCCCAACUGGAGGACCAGAGGACUGGAACAGCGCCGGCAGGGCUUGGAGACCUAUAUCCAGGGUAUCCUAUACCUGAAUCAGGAUGUGCCCAAGGAGCUAUUGGAAUUCCUGAGACUUAGACACUUCCCCACAGACUCCAAGGCCAGCAGCUGGAGCACCCUGAGGGAAUUCCUGCCUAGCGACACCAGCUCACAGCUGCACCACAGACCCGUCAUUGGCUUCUGUAUGGACCCCUACAUUUACAGCCCUUCCCCAGCACCUCUCCCGGAAGUGGUGGUGGACGGUGUACUCCAGGGCCUCUAUGGCUUCAGCACUAGCCCAGCCGAAGGCUAACCGUCAUCCUGCUCCAUCGCCAAUGUCCUGACUAGCCCAGUCUUUGGGUCACUUGUCAGGACAGUUAUGUGCCUCAGUCCUAGGAGUUCCAUAUGAGAAACUGGGUCUUCCCUUGGACUGGUCUCAGGGUGUAACUAGCUGAGGCUCAGGUGUGCCCAACCCCACUCAAGGCUCUGAGCUCGGCUUGCACUGACAGCUGCAGUUGGUAGACCUCAAGACUCUUCCAAGUCAAGAUCAAGAAAAAAGCAUAAAGUCAUUCCAGACACAGGCUGAGAAGAUUCAGGUGUAUUUCCUAGCCCAGCUUGGCAGGUGGCAGAAGCUACCAUGAGGCUCAGUAGCUGGCUAGCCUGUGCCUGAUGAUUAGUGGGUACCACCUAGGCACAUGCUUAGGCAGGAGCCCAAGGAAGGGGCAUGCAUCUAUCGCCACGUAAGAGUCCUAGACAUGCUGGGAUGUACACUCGGGACAGGUGCUACAGACACAGCCCACACCUAAGUUAUUAAAAAAAAGAAAACCCACUUUUUUUAUUGAUCAGAAUUGAUAAUUUGAUAUAAAAACCAGGCCUGUGGAAUGUGAGGGGUGUGAGUCCACCCCCUCUGAUGGAAGCAUUGGGGCCGAGUGGCAUGGGGCCUGUGACUGGCUACCUUCACCCCUGGGGGGUGGUAAUGGGACCUGCAGUACAGCCACUUGGAGGGAUGGGGUCCCUGAGACUCUACUCCUUGGCAAUGGCAAAGGGCUUCUCCACUUCAAUCUUGCCACAGUCUGCAAUGAUCACAUCCUUCAGGGGCUUGUCCCGACUGUCUGUCUUGGUGCUCUCCACUUUCCUCACUACAUCCUAGAAAAGAAAGGCAGGAAAGGAGGAGUGGGCAGGGUGGAGGUCGAGACACACACACACACACACACACACACACACACACACACACACACACACACACACGCGGAUGUGCGCGCCUGGGAGUCAGCCCCAAGUGAGUGGCUUAGAAGGGUUGAGACCCUCAUGAGAUGAACACAGAAACCCAAGGAACUGAAGGCCAGGGUGAAUGCAGAGCAUGAUUAGCUGACCCAGUACCGCUCAGAGUGUCUGAAAAUCCCUGAUUCAGUGAACGACUGAACACAGGUCCUGGCAGCUGGACAAACUCAACAAGGUCUUCUGGACAGGCUGUCUGGGGUCUGGGAGGGCUUAGGACCUUGCGGCAAUGGAAAUGAAGGCUGAGUAUCAUGUAUUUUCUUCUUUUUUCCUGAUUGUGGUGUUGGGGGCUGAACCCAGGGCCUUAUGCGUGCUGGGUUAAGCACUCUCUCAUGCAGCCACAGUCACAUACAUGGACAGUCUGAAAUGUGGUCUCACAUUGUCCAGCCUGGCCUUGGACUUCUGAGUUCAAGUGAUCCCCUUGCCUCAGCCUCCCCAACAGCUAGGACCAAGGCACUCGGUCAGGCUGUUUGUUCUUACACCCCCGGCCCUAUGCCAGGCUGUGUCUGUGACUCAGGUGCCUGUGGGGAAGCUUUCCUACUUGAAGUCCUUGCCUAUUCCAGCUGGAUCCUUGGUAAGGACUAGCGGGGUUCAGCCCUCACUUUUAAACUUACCAUGCCCUCUAGAACUUUGCCAAAAACCACAUGUUUGCCAUCCAGCCAGGAUGUCUUGACGGUAGUUAUGAAGAACUGGGAGCCAUUGGUGUCCUUGCCCGCAUUGGCCAUGCUCACCCACCCAGGCCCGUAAUGCUUCAGCUUGAAGUUCUCAUCUGGGAAGCGCUCACCAUAGAUGCUCUUCCCUGGGGAGAGAAUCAGUAGGUCAGGGAGUUGAGCCAAGGUGGGCUGAACCACAACAGAUGCCCGGGUGAGGAUCUAUGGGACUCAGACUGUCCUGUCAGGCCAGGCGUGACUGGCAAACAAGGACCUGAAAACAGCCUUCCUAUCUUCUACCCAAGCCAUCGGAAACUAGACCACCUGGGGUACGAGGUCAGGCUGACUUGGGCGAUGUACUAUGAGUAGUUUUAUGACUGUCAUGGGACAUAAUAUCUAUCCUUGGCUGUGUCCUGAGGCCUAUAGGGAGGGACUUUGCAAAAGAGAUGCCUUGGUGCUAUGCAGGAUGCUGGGAGUGUGGAACCCUUCAGAAAAAAAAGGGCUGCUACAGCCAACCAGAUUGCCUUUCCAGAGUCACAAGACAGGUGCAGCUGCAGAGCAGAAGAGAAGAUGGGGUCAGCUGGGGAAGGAAAAGCAGGACUCAGGGCCGUUCUCUGGUUUCUUAAAAGCCAAGAGCCUCUUAUCAAGACGAGCAUAAAAUAAAAAAUGCUUAUAAAUAAG